CAUAUACGCCCACCCAUUCCAUCCGCUUCCCUUCCACCGCCCAUCUUCCUCCUCUUCUUCUUCUCCAUCCUUCUUUCGAUAUCCAAUCUCUGAUCUCCGUUCUCCGAUCUUCGAUCUUCAUUCUCAGAUCUUCAUCUUCCAUGGCGUUUCCGUGGAGAACUCGCCGCCGCAGCCCCAAGCGGAAGGAAGACAAGCGGCUGGCCCUCUCCGCUGCCGCGGCCUCCGAGGAGCUCUCCGUCCCCGCGCACUUCCAGUGCCCGAUAUCGCUCGAGCUCAUGGAGGAUCCCGUCGCCGCGCCAACCGGCAUCACCUACGACCGCCGGAGCAUCGAGGCGUGGUUGGAUCAGGGAAACGGCACCUGUCCAGUCACCAACCGCCCACUUGGCCCCGAUGCCGACCUCCUCCUCAUCCCCAACCACUCCCUCCUCCGCAUGAUCCAGGACUGGACCGCCGCUUACGGUCCCCGACGCGUCCCUACCCCGAGGGCCCCGCUCACCAGAGCCGACGCCGUGGAUCUCGCGUCGGAGAUGUCGGAAGCCGCCCAGGAGGGCGACUGGCAGCGCUGCGAGAGGUUGAUUUCCGCGGGGAAGCGGCUCGCCAGGGAGAGCGAGCGGAACCGGCGGUGCUUCGUGUCGGCCGGCGCCACUCGGUCGGUCGCAUUUGCCUUCCGCGCGUUCGCGGAGGGGAUUAGCGCGGACCGCCAAGAUCCACCCCUCGCGCUGGAGGAAGAGACAAUCUCCCUCUUGGCCGCGCUGCCGCGGCCGCUCACCGAAGCGGCAGUGGCAGAGGAUUUGGGGGCGCCGGCGUCGCUUCGCCGUCUCGCGGCGGUCAUGCGCCAUGGCCGCGAAUCGGCCGCCGCGGCGGUGCUCGUGAGGGAGCUAGUGGUGGGUUCCAACGGGACGCAGUCCGGCGCGGUGGCCGCGGCGGAGGGGAUGGUGGAGGCGCUGGUGGAGCUCAUCAAGAGGCCGGUCUCGCCUCAGGCCACCAAGGCCUCCCUCGUCGCCGUCUUCUACAUCAUCAAAGACGAGACCUCGGCGUCAUCGAGGGCGAUCGGAUUAGGCCUCGUCGGCGCGGUGGUGGAGACGCUGGUGGACGCGGACAGGGGCGCGUGCGAGAAGGCACUGGGCGUUCUGGACGAGCUGAUGGGGCUGGAGCAGGGGAGGGAGGCGGCGCGCGGUCACGCGCUGGCGGUGCCAGCGCUGGUGAAGAAAAUGUUCAGGGUGUCAGAGGCUGCGACGGAGAUGGCGGUGUCGGCGAUGUGGAAGCUGUGCAGCGGGGAGGAGGAGGGAGGAGGAGGAGGGAAUGGGAGGUGCGCGGAGGAGCUGCUGCAGGCGGGGGUGUUCCAGAAGCUUCUGCUGCUUCUUCAGAUCGGGUGCAGCGACGAAGCGAAGGAGAAGGCCACGGAUUUACUGAGGGCGCUGAGCGAGUGGAGAGGAAGGGAGGAAUGCAUCGACACCGCCGACUUCAAGGGCCUCAAGAGGAUUCAGUAAAAACAAUCUUUUUUUUUUUUUAAAUUCCUUUAGUUUUUUUUUUUCGUUGAAGGAAAACUUGGCCCAAUCAUAAAAUUACUGCCUACAAAAUGUAAGAUGAAAACAAUCUCUAAUAAAAUAUAGCACAAGACUACUUAUAAUUAUAAUUGAUCCAAUAUGAUCCUUCUCCAGUUCUCCUUUCGAAUUUAUAUUGAUGGGAGCUUUUUUUUUUUUUUCUAUCCCUUUUUAUUUUAUUCAUUUUGCGCUGUAAUUUUGAAUUGAGAUUGGAAAAAGAAUGUAUAGAAAUUGCAAAAUAUAAUAUUUCAAUCAUUUGAAUG